CCUCGCCUAGGAGACGGCCGCGCGAGGAGCCGAGCCGAACCGGCCGCUCGUCGCUGCCGGUGCGGCUGGCUGCUCCUACCACAUCUCGGGCUCUGCGGGCUAGCGGCCAGAAGUGCGUGCUUCCUUACCGCACGCACAGCUUGUGUUUGGCCUAGUGGGGUCCGCCGCCAGGGAUUGAGGAUGGGGAAGUAGCUGCAGGAGACGACCUCGCAGCACCGAGGGUUUUCUGGUGGCGUGAAAAGGAUUAGAAAUGAACCAAAACCAUUCACAGAUUAACAUUUUGGGGAAAAAUUCAUGAUACCUGUUUCACCUUUGGAGUAAUGUGGACAGAAGUUCUCAGAUUUGCAUAUUACAUCAACCGGAACCAGUGGCAUUAUCUUAAUGUUCACUUGAGUCAGAACUUGGACAAGAAAAACAAUGGGAGUCUGGUUAAAUAAAGAUGACUAUCUCAGAGACUUGAAAAGGGUCAUGCUCUGUUUUCUAAUAGUGUAUAUGGCCAUUUUAGUGGGUACAGAUCAGGAUUUUUACAGUUUACUUGGUGUAUCCAAAACUGCAAGCAGUAGGGAAAUAAGACAGGCUUUCAAGAAAUUGGCAUUGAAGCUACAUCCUGAUAAAAACCCGAAUAACCCAGAUGCACAUAGUGAUUUUUUGAAAAUAAACAGAGCAUAUGAAGUACUCAAAGAUGAAGAUCUGCGGAAAAAGUAUGACAAAUAUGGAGAAAAGGGACUUGCAGAUAAUCAAGGAGGCCAGUAUGAAAGCUGGAAUUAUUAUCGUUAUGAUUUUGGUAUUUAUGACGAUGAUCCUGAAAUCAUAACGUUGGAUAGAAGAGAAUUCGAUGCUGCUGUUAAUUCUGGAGAACUGUGGUUUGUGAACUUUUACUCCCCAGGGUGUUCACACUGCCAUGAUUUAGCUCCCACAUGGAGAGACUUUGCUAAAGAAGUAGAUGGAUUGCUUCGAAUUGGAGCUGUUAACUGUGGCGAUGAUAGAAUGCUUUGCCGAAUGAAAGGAGUGAACAGUUAUCCCAGCCUCUUCAUUUUUAGGUCUGGAAUGGCUGCAGUGAAAUACCAUGGUGACAGAUCAAAGGAAAGUUUAGUGAAUUUCGCCAUGCAGCAUGUUAGAAGCACAGUGACAGAAUUAUGGACAGGAAAUUUUGUUAACUCCAUACAAACUGCGUUUGCUGCUGGUAUUGGCUGGCUGAUCACUUUUUGUUCCAAAGGAAGAGAUUGUUUGACUUCACAGACACGUCUCAGGUUAAGUGGAAUGUUGGAUGGUCUUGUUAAUGUAGGAUGGAUGGACUGUGCCACCCAGGACAACCUUUGUAAAAGUUUGGACAUUACAACAAGUACUACUGCAUAUUUUCCUCCUGGAGCCACUUUAAAUAACAAAGAGAAAAGUGGUAUUUUGUUUCUUAAUUCAUUGGAUGCUAAAGAAAUAUAUUUGGAAAUAAUGCAUAACCUUCCAGAUUUUGAACUACUUUCGGCAAACACACUAGAGGAUCGUUUGGCUCAUCAUCGGUGGCUCUUAUUUUUUCAUUUUGGAAAAAAUGAAAAUUCAAAUGAUCCUGAGUUGAAGAAGCUAAAAACUCUACUUAAAAAUGAACAUAUUCAAGUUGGCAAGUUUGACUGUUCCUCUGCACCAGACAUCUGUAGUAAUCUCUAUGUUUUUCAGCCAUGUCUAGCAGUAUUUAAAGGACAAGGAACUAAGGAAUUUGAAAUUCAUCAUGGAAAGAAGAUUCUUUAUGAUAUACUUGCCUUUGCCAAAGAAAGUGUUAAUUCUCAUGUUACCACACUGGGACCUCAAAAUUUUCCUGCCAAUGACAAAGAACCAUGGCUAGUUGAUUUUUUUGCCCCUUGGUGUCCACCAUGUCGAGCUUUAUUGCCAGAGUUACGAAAAGCAUCAAAGCAUCUUUACGGUCAGCUGAAGUUUGGUACAUUAGAUUGUACAGUUCACGAGGGACUCUGUAACAUGUAUAACAUUCAGGCUUAUCCAACAACAGUGGUAUUCAACCAGUCCAACAUUCAUGAAUAUGAAGGACAUCACUCUGCUGAACAGAUCUUGGAGUUCGUAGAGGAUCUUAUGAAUCCUUCAGUGAUCUCCUUGACACCCACCACUUUCAAUGAACUAGUUAAACAAAGAAAACAUGACGAAGUCUGGAUGGUUGAUUUCUAUUCUCCAUGGUGUCAUCCGUGUCAAGUCUUAAUGCCAGAAUGGAAAAGAAUGGCCCGGACAUUAACUGGACUUAUCAAUGUGGGCAGUAUAAACUGCCAACAAUAUCACUCUUUUUGUUCCCAAGAAAAUGUUCGGAGAUACCCUGAGAUAAGAUUUUUUCCCCCAAAAUCAAAUAAAGCUUAUCAAUAUCAUAGUUACAAUGGUUGGAAUAGGGAUGCUUAUUCCCUAAGAAUCUGGGGUCUAGGAUUUUUACCUCAAGCAUCUAUAGAUCUAACGCCUCAGACUUUCAAUGAAAAAGUUUUACAAGGGAAAAACCAUUGGGUGGUUGAUUUCUAUGCUCCUUGGUGUGGACCUUGCCAAAACUUUGCUCCAGAGUUUGAGCUCUUGGCUAGGAUGAUUAAAGGAAAAGUGAAAGCUGGAAAAGUAGACUGUCAAGCUUAUGCUCAAACCUGCCAGAAAGCUGGUAUCAGAGCCUAUCCAACUGUUAAAUUUUAUCCCUAUGAAAGGGCAAAGAGAAAUACUUGGGGAGAGGAAAUAGAUUCCAGAGAUGCAAAAGAGAUUACUACCUUAAUAUAUGAAAAAUUGGAAAACCUCCAAAAUCAUGGAAAGAGAAAUAAGGAUGAACUUUAAUGAUGUUGAAAAUGAAGAAAAAAUUGAAAAGAAAUUGACAGAUGACGUCAGAAGCCACCUUUUCAGAAUGUUACCAUGUUCUGGAUGGGACUAAAUGAACAUUAUCUUGGACUUGUAAUUGCACUGCUUGAAUUCUGUACAACAUUAAUAUAAAUGAAGGGUCUGCAGACUUUUUCCCUAAAGGGCCAGAUCGUAAAUACUUUAGGCUUUGUAGACCAUAGAUGGUUCUUUGUCACAUAUUCUGUUUUUAUUUUGUUUACAACCCUUUAAAAAAUGUAAAAACCAUUCUUAGCCUCAAGGCUGUACACAAAUAGGCCACAAGCCACAUUCAGCCCAUGGGCCACAGAUUGCUGACCUGACCCACAGAAAGAUGUUUAGGCUGGCUGGCUCAAACAUGAGCCUGCUCUAUGAUCUAUGUACAUGCUAAGUUAUACAACGUGUACUUUAUCAAUUCAAGUUUUGUGGCUGGCCUGAAAAGAGAACUUUGUUUUCAGUCACCUGUUCUCCUAAAAAAUAUCUCUGAAAUUGAUUAUCUGACCAUGUAUUUCAUUUAAAAAACAUACUCAAAAUGUGGGAAAAUAAACAGAUACCCUAUUUUCAUGCUGUAUUAUAGUGAAGAGAUUCAUUUUCUUUUCUAAAGGUUGAAGAAUUGGUUUUAAUUUUUCACAUAUGAGAAAAAUAUUUUAUAACAGAAAGUAAACAAAUCCUAUUGAUUUCUAUAGUAUCCACAUAUACCUGAGGGGAAAAAAAUAUUUAUAGCAAUUAACUGGGCAUUGUAGAGUACCCCAAAUAUUUCUAUAUUUUAAAGAUAUGUGUUCAUUUAUUUUCUGAAUUGCUUUCAUAAUGUUUUCCCUGUGAUGGUUACUGAUUUCUGAAGCAUCUUUCUAAUAUCUGUUUUUGAUUUCUGGACUUGGUUUUGAUGCAUAUCCUUUAUUUACAUUUGCCUUUUUUCCUUCAUGGUUUUGGUUGUUCACUCUUGUCCAAUGUUUAUUAUUCAAGAAGGAAAAAUUAACUUUGUAGAUUUGUUUUCCUAAAGCUCGUAAUGAUGCUGUGUUUAUUCCAAUUAUUUACUGUUGGAGGCUGCCAUUUUCAGAUAAAUAUUGGCCUAACAACUGAAGUUAAUUUUGUAAGAAAAUCAAGGAUAAAAAUUUAAGGAUGGGAUCUUUUAGUUUCUUAAUUGUUCAGGCUCAAGGAAUCCAAAUUUCUUUUCCUUGCACAUUAACAAAACAUUGUAACAUGUAGUUAUUUAGUUAUAAUUCAGAAUGUAUGGAAUGGUAAAAUCCCAAUUGAUCAAAAGAGGUCAACAGAUUUUUUUCAAAACUUAAGUGUUCCCAAAAACCUAUUUGAAUCAUGCUUUAUUAUGUUGGGAGAAUUUUGGUUUUUUGUUUGUUUUGUUUUGUUUUUAUCCCAUUCCCCAAAAUUUCCUCAUAAAGGUUAAUUUAUAACUGCAAUUUAUCCAAAAAGUAAUCGAUUUUUUUUCAUUUUCAAGUCUAACCCUAUUCUUCAUAUUCUCACCCAUAUUGUUUCUUGUGUAUCUUUUAACUUCUUAUCUUAAAUUCUACUUUACACAUGUGGGCACAUACAGAAGAGUCACCACUUCUAACCUUAAUUUUAUACCACCUGUUUUACUUAUGAUCAGUAAUGGCAAAUUUAUUAAAUUUUAAAUUUUCAAAGCCUAGAACAUUUUCAAAAUUGGUUUGUUUCUACAAGAAUUCCAAAAUGGAAUGCCUAAAGAAGUUUUGGUAAAUAUUUACUGAACUUGUACCAAUUAUGAGAGUACCACUAUGCUGGACACAGAAGUGUGCAAAAGUAAACUAAACCCAGCGCUUAGUCCCUGUCUCCCUAGUGUCUGUAAAUUCACAAUUCUGACAUGGGACCCAUAAACAAGCUUAUAGAUACCUGUACUAUUACCUAUAAAUAGAAUGCCAAACUUACUGGUUGAGAAAUAUCUUAGGCAGUAAAUGAAAUAGUAAAUAUUAUGUAUCCUGUAACUGGGCCUAGGUAUGUGCCUGUAGAAUCAGCUCAAAAGCCAGGACUACCUGGGAGACAUGUUAAGUAACACGUAGCAUAAAAAUAACAUGCAUCAGAAUUUUCUGCAAUCAUGUCAGUCUCAUUGACAUGCUGACAGGAUUAAAGGUUCUAACGGCCACAUUAGUGCAGUAGAGCACUUCUAGAGUGCCAGGUAAAACAUGGCAUUUUUCUCAGCAACACCAUUUUUGUGUGAAGCUAGCCUCAGGUAACAUAGCACCAUUUCUCGCAGACCAGAGUGCAUUCUAUCAGGCAGCGAGACUUGAAAAUUAGAUGUUUAAUGUGGUUAUGUGAAACUGUUGGGAAUGUGCGUUUGGGGCAUUAAUGAUGCUUGCCUGCUCUAGUUUCCCAAAUUUUAUUUAAUGUCUUUCAUAUCUUUUUCAUUUUAAGGAUAUGAUUAAGAUUUUAAAAUAACUAUUUCAAAAUAACUAUAACUACUUUAAUAUUUUAAAAGUUUUCUUUAACUUUGUCCUUGUUUUCUAACAGUAUUCAAAGCAGGAAUUUUCUUUGAAGAGUACAGUUAUUAGAAAAGCAUUACUAUGUUGUUUCCUAUGGGACACAGUUUACAAAGAUACUUAUAUAAGAAAGUUUUUAAUGAAGAGGGGUAGUGUUUCUAAGCCAUUUAAACAAUUUUUCUAUAAUAGUCUAAUUUCUUCGGUCUACCAACAAACUCAAAUGUCUCAUAUUCAGUCCAUCAUGACUGUUUAAGAAAUAGUACAAAGUUUAAAAUGCAUUUAAAAUUUUCUGUAGUGAUACUUGCAGGAUAAAAUUGAUUCUGAAUAUGAGAAGGAAAUAACCUUUCUGGUAGUAUACCACUUUAUAUAAACCAAAACUUUAAAUGUACCCAACGGGAAUUCCCUGGUGGGCCUGUGGUUAGGACCAGGUGUUUUCACUACUGUGGCCCAGGGUCAAUCCCUGGUCAGGGAACUAAGACCCCACAAGCCAUGCUGCACAGCCAAAAAUAAAAUAAAUAAAUGUACCCAAAUUCUUCUGGUGAAUAAUCUUGUUUUUAGUAAGAGUAAUAAGAAAAUUUAGGUCAACCACCAAGCUAAGUAUAAAUGUAUUACUGAUCAUAUAUAAAAACGUUAGUGAUUUACUGGCUUGAGUCUUUUUUUUUUUUUAUAUUUAACACUAGAUUUGCAUUUAGGUUCUUGUACAAAUGACCCACAGGUUUGAACUGUGCAAUUCCACUUACAUGAAGAUUUUUUUUCAAUGAAUAGGUUCUACAGUACUACAUGAUCCGUGGCUGGUUGAAUCCAUGGAUGCAGAAUUUCAGAUACAUAGGGCCAACUCUAAAGUUACACGUGAGUUUUCGACUGUGCUGGGGGUUGGCAACCCUAACCCACACAUUGUUCAAGGGUCAACUGUACUGUCACUCAGUCCCCUUGUUAGCAGCUGGAUGUAUUUUGUGAACGGAAACUAACCAGAAUAACAGAUAGAGGCUGAUGCCAAACUGUCCCAUAUCAAUAUUAAAUCCAGGAAUGUGGUAUCUUGACCACUCGAUUGCAUUAUCUUGUCACUUGAGUGAAUUAUUUAGUAGCCUGAAAAUUAGUAAUCAUGCGAAAAGGUCUGUGCUGCUCUAAAUUAGGGUUUGCUUAAGAUUCAAAAGUGGGUAAGUAAAAUAGAUCAGUAGAAAAGAUAAGUCCAAUAGAAGGGUCCCAGCAUGUGGAGAAACUUGGUCCAUCAAGGGCUCCUGAGACAAACCAUACACUUAACAGUACCUGAGAUUGGUCCUCAUGACCAGACACAGUAGGAAAGAGGGAAACCCAGAAAUGUGCUCUUCAUCAGUCUGCCCUCUGGUCUAACAAGUGAUAGACAAUUCUUCAUUAAACUACUGCUAUUCCAAACAUCUUGAGGAGGUAAAAUAUUUUUUUAAAAAUAAUCAAUAGGUUCCAGUACAAGAUGACUCACAAACUCACCUCCUCCCAUGGACAAAUUGAAUAUACGGCUGUAUACAGAACAAUUCCCUCUGAAAGAAAUCUAGAAUCUAGCUGAGCAACUCUUACACAUCAGGUGAAUGAGAAAAAACCCACACUGGAGUGGGUAGGAGAGGCUGAGACACUAUCUCACCAUAAACCCCACCUGGCACAAUGACAUGACCAAGAGGGAACUCAAGACUACCCGUUUCUCCCUGAGGAUCAAAAGGUUCAGACCCCACAGCUGGUGCUCCAACUUUUAAGACUUGGACCCAAGAGAUGGGCCCCCAAAGCAUGUAGCUUUGAAAGCCAGCAGGGCAUGCCUCCCUGAGACCCACAAGGCUAGUGCAAUCUGAGAAGCAGUUCCUUAACAGGAUUGUAUGGAAUCACCAUGGCUAAUCCCCCAAGGCCUAGCACAGAGGGAACAUACUGAAACUGCCCAGUCGUUACAUGGAAUAGGCCUAUUUGCUUAUCUUAAAUGCUUUAGCCUGAACAGCAGUCUUCUACUUUAACACACUCCUAGGGACUCACUACAUUACUACUCUCUACAGAGACCAUGGAGGCUGGCAGGCACCAUCUUUGUGUGCCUCACACCAGAUCACCAGCACCUCCAGAGAAGGAGUUUGUGCAAACAUCUGGCACCCCAGCUAUUAUGGCUGCCACCCAGGGGACAUCCCUUGAACACCUGGUUCUGGUGGCCAGCAAUGCUUGUGGAUCCCAUAGGACUGUAGCAAAGAAGCAGUUCCCCACAAGCCUCAGUGCAAAGAGAGCAGACAGAAAUGCCAUCUCCCAGUCAUCCUCAGGAGGUGUAUUUGCUUACUUUAAAAGCUGCUGCCUGAGAAUAGUUUCCAAUCAGCCUGCAUCUAAGUGUGGGACUGAGAUCCAUCCCCUUUGGGACACUGACAGGUCUUGGUACACUCUCCACUACUGAGAGCCACUAAGAACAAAGAAGUCUGCUUGGAAGAUCACAAAGAUGUGAUAGCCAAGAGCUAGGGCAUGGUUAAAUGAUAAGGUUCAUCUACACAAGACCUUCAAAACUGGGAGAGCUGGUUUUACCUAAUGCAUAGAAACCAACACAGAGUCAAGGAAAAUGAAGAAACAGAGGACUAUGUUCCAAACAAGAACUAGAUAAAACCUCAGAAAAAGACCUUAAUGAAAUGGAGGUAGUGAUUUAUCUAAUAAAGUUUCAAAAUAUAGUCAUAAAGAUGCUCACUGAGGUAAGGAGAAUGAUGCAUGAACAAAGUGAGAAUUUCAAUGCAGAAAAUAUAAGAAUGUAGCAAGUAAAAAUUACAGAGCUGAAGAAUACAAUAACAACUGAAAAAUUCAUUAGAGGGGCCAACAGUAAACUAAAUGAAGUAGAAAAAGGAUCAGUGAAGUCAAAGACAAAACAGUGGAAUUCAUCCAAUCAGAGCAGUGAAAAGUGAAAGAAUGAAAAAGAGUAAAGAUAGCUUAUAGGACACCAUCAAGCAACGCAGUAUUUGCAUUACAGGGGUCCCAGAAAGGGCAGAAAAAUUUGAAGAAAUAAUGGCUAUAAGCUUCCCUAACCUGGGAAAAGACACAGACGCCCAGAUCCAGGAAGAUCAGAGUUCUAAAUAUGAUGAUCUAAAGAGACCCACACUAAGACAAGUUAUAACUAAAUUGCAAAAGACAGAAUCUUUUUUUUUUUUUUUUGCGGUACGCAGGUGUCUCACUGCUGUGGCCUCUCCCAUUGCGGAGCACAGGCUCUGGACGCGCAGGCUCGGCAGCCAUGGCUCACGGGCCCAACCACUCCGCAGCAUGUAGGAUCUUCCCGCACCGGGGCACGAACCCGUGUCCCCUGCGUCGGCAGGCGGACUCUCAACCACUGUGCUACCAGGGAAGCCCAAAAGACAGAAUCUUUAAAGCAGCAAGAAAAAAAAAAAUUGUUUCAUACAAGGGAACCCCCAUAAGACUAUAAGCAGAUUUUUUUAGCAGAAACUUUGCAGGCCAGGAGGGAGUAGCAUGGUGUAUUCAACAUGCUGAAAGAAACAAAAAACUGCCAACUAAGAAUAGUCUACCUGGCAAAGCUGUCCUUCAGAAUUGAAGAAGAGUUUUCCAGAAAAGCAAAAGCUGAAAGACUUCAUCACCACUAGACAUGGCUUACAACAAAUGUUAAAGGGGAUUCUUUAAGCUGAACUGAAAUGACACUAGUUAGUAACAGGAAAACAUACAAAAAUAUAAAUCUCACUGGUAGAGGUAAAUAUAUAAUUAGAUUCAGAAUACUCUAAUGCUGGUGAGUUAAUCACUUACAAAUCUAGUUUCAAAGGUUAAAACACAAGUAACAAAAAUAAUGAAUUACAAUAAUUUCUUAAUGGAUACACAAGAAAAACAGAUGUAAAUUGUAACAUCAAACAUAUAAGAGGGGGAAGUAAAAGGGUAGAGUUUUUGUAGGUUACUGAAGUUAAAUUGUUAUAGCAUAAAACAGACUUAUAUAUAAAAGAUUAUCUAUGUAAGUCUCAUAGUAACCAUAAAGCAAAAACCUACAGUAGAGUCACAAGAGAUAAAGAGAAGAGAAUCAAAGCAUAUCAUUACAGAUCAUCAUCAAUUCACAGAUGAAGGCAACUGAAAAGAAGAACAAAGGAACUACAAAAUAGCCAGAAAACAAUUAAGAGAUGGUAUUAGUAAGGCCUCACCAACCUAUAAUCUAAAUGUAAAUGAAUUUAAUCUCCAAUCAAAACACAUAGAAUGGCUGGAUGGAUAAAAAAAUUAAAAAAAAAAACCCAACUGUAUGCUACUGACAAGAGACUCACUCCAGCUUUAAGGACACAGAUAGUCUCAAAGUGAAGGGAUAGGAAAAGAUUUCAUGCAGAUGGAAACCGAAAGAAAGCUGGGAUAGCCAUACUCAUACCAGAGAAAAUAGACUUUAGCACAAAGCAAGUAAUAGUGACAGAGAAGAUCAUUAUAUAAUAAUGAUGUCAGUCCAACAAGAAAAUGUAACAUUUGUAAAUAUUUAUGCACCCAACAUAGGAGUACCUAAAUAUAUAGAGUAAUUAUUAACAGAUUUAAAGGGAAAAAUUGACAGCAAUACAAUAAUAGUAAAGGACUUCAAUAUCCCACUUUUAUCAAUGGAUAGAUCUUCCAGACAGAAGAUCAAUAGGAAUCAUUGGACUUUUAAACAACACAUUUGGCCAGAUGGACUUAACAGACAUUUACAGAACAUUUCAUCCAAAAGCAGAAAAAUACACAUUCUUUUCAAAUGUACAUGGAACAUUAUUCAGGAUAGAUCAUAUGUUAGGCCACAAAACAAGUCUUAAUUUAAGAAGUUUGAAAUCAUAUCAAGCAUAUCCUCUGACCACAAUGGUGUGAAACUAGAACACAAUUAUAAAAGGAAGACUGGAAAAUUUUCAGAUAUGCAGAGAUUAAACAAUAUGCUCCUGAACAGCAAAUGGGUCAAAGAAGAAAUCAAAAGGGAAAUCAAAAAAUAACUUGAGACAAAUGAAAAUGCAAGUACAAAAUACCAAAAGAUAUGGGAUGCUGCAUUUCUAAGAAGCAAACAGCAAUAAAAAGCCUACCUCAAGAAACAAGAAAAGUGUCAAACAGCCUAACUUUACUCCUAGAGGAACUAGAAAAGCAAGAGCAAACAAAGCCCAAUGGUAGCAGAAGGAAGGAAAUAAAUAUCAGAGCAGAAAUAAAUGAAACAGAGACUAAAAAGUAAACAGAAAAGAUCAAUGAAACUAAGAGAUGGUUUCUUGGAAAGAUAAAAUUGACAAAACUUUAAAUUGGAUAAAUGAGAAGAAAUGGAUAAUUCCUAGAACAUACCACCUACCAAGACUGAAUUAUAAAGAAAUAGAAAAUCUGAACAGCCCCAUUACUAGUAAGGAGGUUAAAUUAGUAAUCAGAAACUUUCCAACAAACAAAAGUCUAAGACCAGAUGGCAACCUUUCUCAAACUCUUCCAAAAAAUAGAAGAGGGAAAUUUCCAAACUCUUUAGGAGGCAAGCAUUACCCCAAUACCAAGACCAGUCAAGGAAACUAUAAGAAAGGAAAAUUACAGGCCAAUAUCCCUAAUGAACAAUGAUGCAAAAAUCCUCAACAAAUUAUCAUCAAACCUAAUUCAAAAAUACAGUAAAAGGAUGAAACCCCAUGAUCAAGUGGGAUUUAUUCCAGAGGUGCAAGAUGGUUCAACAUCUGCAAAUCAUCUACUAAUCGCAUUUUAAAAAUGGAAGAUAAAAGUCAUAUGAUCAUCUCAAUAUAUGCUGGAAAAUCAUUUGACAAAAUUCAACAUCUAUUCAUAAUAAAAACUCUCAAGAAGUAGGUAUUGAAGGAAUGGUACCUCAACAUAAUAAAGGCUGUGUGUGACAAGCUAACAGCAUACUCAAUGGUGAAAAGUUGAAAGCUUUUUCUCUAAGAUCAAGAACAUGAUAAGGAUGUCCACCCUUGCCGCUUUUAUUUAGCAUAGUACUGGAAGCCCUAGCCAGAGCAAUUAGGCAAGAAAAAGAAAUAAAUGGCAUCCAAAUCUGAAGGGAAGAAGUAAAACAGUUUCUACUUGCAGAUGACAUGAUAUUAUAUAUAGAAAACCCUGAAGACUCUACCAGAAAACUCUUAGAACUAAUAAAUUAGUAAAGUUGCAGGAUACAAAAUGAAUACACAAAAAUCAGUUGCAUUUCUAUAAACUAAUAAACUGUCAGAGAAGUUAAGAAAACAAUUCCAUUUACAGUUGCAUCAAAAAGGAUAUCUAGGAAUAAAUUUAACCAAGGAGGUCAAAGACCUGUACACUAAAAACUAUAAGACAUUGAUGAAAGAAAUUGAAAAGACUCACAUGAAUGGAAAGACAUUGCAUACUCAUGGAUUGGAAGAAUAUUGUUAAGAUGUCCAUACUACACAAAGCAAUCUGUAGGUUCAAUGCAACAUCUAUCAAAAUUCCAAUGGGGGACUUCCCUGAUGGCACAGUGGUUAAGAAUCCACCUGCCAAUGCAGGGGACACAGGUUCGAUCCCUGGUCUGGGAAGAUCCCACAUGCCGUGGAGCAACUAAGCCCGUGCGCCACUACUACUGAGCCUGCACUCUAGAGCCCACAUGCCACAACUACUGAAGCCCACACGCCUAGAGCCCGUGCUCUGCAACAAGAGAAGCCACCACAGUGAGAAGCCCGCACACUGCAACAAAGAGUAGCCCCUGCUUGCUGCAACUAGAGAAAGCCCGUGCACAGCAACAAAGGCCCAACACAGCCAAAAAUUAAUUUUAAAAAAAUUCCAAUGGCAUUUUUCACAAAACUACAACAAACGAUCUUAAAAUUUGUACAGAACCACAAAAGACCCCCAAAUAGCCAAAGCAAUCUUGAGAAAGAUUAUAUUUCAGAGUUACAGUAAUCAAAAUAGUAUUACUCUAUUUUUGAGUAAAUUUAAAUUUAGACUUACCCUAACUAGUCACUAACCUUUCUUUUCUUUUUUUUUUUUUUUUUUUAAA